AUGAGUGUUCGAUAUUGUGACAUCGAUCCAGAGAACAAGGAACUUCUACCGGUAUCCGGUUAUCUCAGUUCACCACUGGUGUCAUUCGAAAUCUCACUUGAGAAAAUAAUGCCACUCAUCGAUAAUCUACAACGCUAUAUUAAAAUCGCUAUACAGCAGUGUCAUUCGUCUGAUCGUCUAACAAAAGAGGAAUCAGCUGCCUUGUAUUUGUAUACGAUGGAGUGGGGUGAUCGAAGCUUCUAUCGGGUAUUGAACAAUGCCUUACGAGAUGAAAAUCGUGAUACAUUAAAACCAUGGUUUCCGUACUUGAAAUUGCUUGACACUGCCCUUAACAAACUGCCGUCUGAGAAGCUAUCCUUAUGGCGGGGUGUCAAUGCUGACGUAAGCAGAUGCUUUCAACCAGGACAACUACUUACAUGGUGGUCGGUCAAUUCCUGUUCUUCCUCGGUUGAAGUCAUCAAGCACUUUCUAGCGUCUAAUAGUACAUUGUUCCUUAUCAAAGCAUCGAACGGAAAGAACAUUGCAUCAUACACAUCCGAAUACACUUCCGAUGCAAACGAAAAUGAAUUUGUCCUAAUGCCCGGAACAAGACUGGAGGUAGUGAGUAAUGAGCUUGAUCUCUCUAGUGGCUUCCAUACCGUGCAUCUACGCGAAGUAGAUGAUGAUGUCGAAUCAAUGGUUCUGCACAAGAAACUGACUUUAACUGAUGGCGGGAGCCAUGAAGGUCACACACUCAACGAUGUACCACACGGUAAAGGCGUAUGUGUAUCCCCGACCGGUACAGAAUAUAGUGGGGAAUGCCCAGAAGCUAAAAUGCACGGUCGAGGAAACAGCACAUCCGCAAAUGGGGAAACCUACCACGGCGAAUACAAAGAUGGGAAGAAGGACGGUAAAGGGAUUUUCAUCGGGGGCAAAGAUACGGAAUCAUUUGGAGACCGAUAUGAGGGCGAUUACAGACUUGGAGAAAUGCACGGUCGAGGAAUCUACACAUAUGCAAAUGGAGACAAGUACGAUGGUGAAUACAAAGUUGGGAAAAUGCAUGGUCGAGGAAUCUACGAAUAUGCGAAUGGAGACAUGUACGAUGGAGAAUACAAAAUUGGGAAAAUGUACGGUCGAGGAAUUUUUACAUAUGCCAAUGGAAAUAGGUAUGACGGCCAGUACCGAGACGGGAAAAAGGAUGGGAAAGGGAUUUUCAACUGGGGCAAAGAUUCGCAGUCGUUCGGAGAUAGAUAUGUCGGGGAGUGGAAAGAUGACAAAAUGCACGGUCGAGGAUUUUACACUUAUGCAGAUAAAGGCACCUAUGAAGGCGAAUAUAAAGAUGGUAAAAAACACGGUCGAGGAAUCAUGACAUGGGGCAAAGAUACGGAAUCAUUCGGAGAUCGAUAUAAGGGCGAAUAUAAACUUGGGGAAAUGCACGGUCGAGGAAUCUACACAUAUGCAAAUGGAGACAAGUACGAUGGUGAAUACAAAGUUGGGAAAAUGCACGGUCGAGGAAUCUACGAAUAUGCGAAUGGAGACAUGUACGAUGGAGAAUACAAAAUUGGGAAAAUGUACGGUCGAGGAAUUUUUACAUAUGCGAAUGGAAAUAGAUAUGACGGCCAGUAUCGAGACGGGAAAAAGGAUGGGAAAGGAAUUUUCAACUGGGGCAAAGAUUCGCAGUCGUUCGGAGAUAGAUAUGUCGGGGAGUGGAAAGAUGACAAAAUGCACGGUCGAGGAUUUUACACUUAUGCAGAUAAAGGCACCUAUGAAGGCGAAUAUAAAGAUGAUUCGCAGUCGUUCGGAGAUAGAUAUGUCGGGGAGUGGAAAGAUGACAAAAUGCACGGUCGAGGAUUUUACACUUAUGCAGAUAAAGGCACCUAUGAAGGCGAAUAUAAAGAUGGUAAAAAACACGGUCGAGGAAUCAUGACAUGGGGCAAAGAUACUGAAUCAUUCGGAGAUCGAUAUAACGGCGAAUACAAACUUGGGGAAAUGCACGGUCGAGGAAUCUACACAUAUGCAAAUGGAGACAAGUACGAUGGUGAAUACAAAGUUGGGAAAAUGCACGGUCGAGGAAUCUACGAAUAUGCGAAUGGAGACAUGUAUGACGGCGAAUACAAAAUUGGGAAAAUGUACGGUCGAGGAAUUUAUACAUAUGCGAAUGGAGAUAGGUAUGACGGCCAGUACCGAGACGGGAAAAAUGAUGGGAAAGGGAUUUUCAACUGGCGCAAAGAUUCGCAGUCGUUCGGAGAUAGAUAUGUCGGGGAGUGGAAAGAUGACAAAAUGCACGGUCGAGGAUUUUUCACUUAUGCGGAUAAAACCAGCUAUGAAGGCGAAUAUAAAGAUGACCAAAGAGACGGUCGAGGAAUUAUGACAUGGGGCAAAGAUACUGAAUCAUUCGGAGAUCGAUAUAACGGCGAAUAUAAACUUGGGGAAAUGCACGGUCGAGGAAUCUACAUAUAUGCAAAUGGAGACAAGUACGAUGGCGAAUACAAAGUUGGAGAAAUGCACGGUCGAGGAAUCUACGAAUAUGCGCAUGGAGACAUGUACGAUGGAGAAUACAAAAUUGGGAAAAUGUACGGUCGAGGAAUUUUUAUAUAUGCGAAUGGAGAUAGGUAUGACGGCCAGUACCGAGAUGGGAAAAAGGAUGGGAAAGGAAUUUUCAACUGGGGCAAAGAUUCGCAGUCGUUCGGAGAUAGAUAUGUCGGGGAGUGGAAAGAUGACAAAAUGCACGGUCGAGGAUUUUACACUUAUGCAGAUAAAGGCACCUAUGAAGGCGAAUAUAAAGAUGACCAAAGGGACGGUCGAGGAAUUAUGACAUGGGGCAAAGAUACGGAAUCAUUCGGAGAUCGAUAUAACGGCGAAUACAAACUUGGGGAAAUGCACGGUCGAGGAAUCUACAUAUAUGCAAAUGGAGACAAGUACGAUGGUGAAUACAAAGUUGGGAAAAUGCACGGUCGAGGAAUCUACGAAUAUGCGAAUGGGAAUAGGUAUGACGGACAGUACCGAGACGGGAAAAGGGAUGGUGGAGGUAUUUUCACCUGGGGCAGAGAUACGCAUCCGUUCGCGGAUAGAUAUGAGGGCGAGUACAAAGAUGGCAAGAAAAGCGGUCACGGAAUCUACACAUAUGCGAAUGGGAACAGAUAUGAGGGCGAGUGGCAAGAUAACCAAAUGCAUGGUCGAGGAAUCUACACAUGUGUGAAUGGGACUAGGUAUGACGGACAGUACAGAGGUGGAAAAAUGCACGGUGAAGGGAUGUUCUCGUGGGGGAAAGAUACGCACUUGUUCGGAGAUAGUUAUGAGGGGGUGUACAAGGAUGACAAAAGGUGCGGUCACGGAAUCUACACAUAUGCGAAUGGGGACAAGUAUGACGGCGAGUGGCAAGAAGACAAAAUGCAUGGUCGAGGAGUUUACACGUAUGCGAAUGGGAAUAAGUAUGAUGGCGAGUAUAAAGAUGGGAAAAUGCACGGUCGAGGGAUGUUCAUAUUGGGCAAAGAUACGCAAUUGUUUGGAAAUCGAUAUGAGGGCGAGUAUAAAACUGACAAAAGAGACGGUCGAGGAAUUUACACGUUUGCGAAUGGGAACAUGUAUGAUGGGAUGUGGCAUAAUGACAAAAUGCACGGUAGAGGAAUUUAUACCUGGGGGAGGGAUACGGAAUGGUUUGGGGAUGCAUAUGAGGGGGAGUGGGAAGAUAACAUGAUGAACGGUCGAGGAAUUUAUACAAGUGCGAAUGGGACAAGGUAUGAUGUGAACUACAAGAGUGGUGAACGAAUUGCGGAGAAGCGUAUACCAGGUACACGAGUGUGA